CGGCAGGGCUUGCUCACCCGCCAGUCUCCGCCUCCCUCAGCUGGCUUGGUAGCUGUUAUUGUUGAUGCAAAAGCAUAAGGCCACCCAAGAUGGAAGAACUGCAGUCCCACCCAGGCGUGGUUUUCCUAAAUGUGGCUCCAAACUAUGUGCCCCACACCAAGGUGGAAUGUCACUACAACCUUCCCCCGGGUAUGAAACCUUCAACCAGAGACUGGAUUGGGAUCUUCAAGGUGGAAGCCUCUUCAGUCCGUGAUUACUACACCUUUGUGUGGUGCACCCUGCCAGAUGGGGGAUCCUCUGCAGGAGCUCUUCUUCACUGUAGCGUCCAGUUCCAAGCCAGCUACUUGCCAAAGCCAGGUCCCCAGCAAUACCAGUUCCGUUAUGUGGAUCGCCGUGGUGAAGCUCGUGGUCAAAGCUCCCCUUUCCAGUUCAGUGAGCCACGGCCUAUGGAUGAGCUUGUCACCCUGGAGGAGGCGAGCGAUGACGGUGCGGGCACAGACAUGCUGUUGGUUGUCCCCAAGGCCACUCUGCUAGAGACCCAGCUGGAGGCGAGCCGGCAGGAGCAAGGAGCCCUUCUGAGGGAGUCGUGCCGCCUGAAGGAUGAGGUUCAGGAACUGAGAAGUCGUGUGGAUGAACUCGAAGCAGCCCUCAGCUCACUGCGUGAUGAACAUACCAAGCUGGCCAGACAGUACAAGGAAUUAUCAGAUUCUUACGAGGAAGUGUCCAAGCAGAAAGAGACCCUGAGCCUUCAAGAAACUGAGCACUUGGCCCGGAUCCGAGAACUAGAGGGCGAUAUCCAGGCAAUGGGUGAGAAGAUGCUGCAGAGGGAGACAGAACUCGACAGGGUGAAGGACACUGUCAAGUCUCUUCUGCGGGAGCAAGAACAGAUUCACAAUCAGCUGAAAGAGGAAAAUGCCGAAAAGGAGCAGUACCAGGUGAAGCUGCAGGCCUCGGAGGAGGAGAGCCGCAGCUUGGCUUCUGAUCUGUUAGAAGCCAAGACCCUUCACGGUGAGAGGGUCUCACAGACUGUCCUGCUGAAGGAGGACAUCAACAAGUUGCAGCAGAAGCUCGCUGCCGCUAACCGUCGCACCGCACAGAUGGACGCCUUGUGUGAGCAACUUCGCUCCACGCAGGACAUCCUGGCAGCCAGCCAGCAGAAGGUGGCGCUGUUGGGGGAAGAGUUGGCCAGUGCUGCCUCUAUCCGGGACCGUACCAUCUCUGACCUGCACAAGAGCCGCCUAGAAGCAGCGGAGAUCAACAUCAAGCUGGCCGACAUGACCCUCAAGUGGAAGGAGGGCAAAGGGCAGUGGUGGAAGGAGAAGGCCACUCUGUUGCAGAACAUGGAGGUGGAAAAGGACAAGAUCCUGAAACUGAGUGCUGAAGUGUUGCGCCUAGAGAAGACUCUGCAAGAAGAGCGGGCACAGUGCCAGGUCUUGCGCAUGGAGCUGGCACAAGAGCGUGACUCCAGUCUGGUGCAAGUCUCUGAGACCCGCCGGGAGUUGCGUGAGCUUCGGGCUGCACUGCAGGUUGCCCAGAAGGAGAAGGAGCAUCUGCAGGCCGAAAAGCAGGAGUUGCUGACGUACAUACGGCGCCUUGAAGAGCGUCUGGAGAAAGUAGCCGAUGAGAAAUGGAGUGAGUCGGUUCUAGAUGAUGAAGAGGACAUGGUGCAGAAUGCUCAUGGCUCCCUGGACUCUGCACUGUCCGACUCCGAGGACGAGUGCCCCGAGGACAUGCGACUGCCUGCCCAGCUUGGUUCCUACAGCCUAUGUGACAACCGAGUAGUUACCACCACACCACCCUGUGCCCGCGAACAGGCUCAUGCUGUGGUCAUCAGCCAACCUGCACCCAUUGCUGGUCAGAUCAAACAACCACCUGAGGACUCCAGUUCUGACUCGGAGGCAGAGGAUGAGAAGGCCGUCCUGAUGGCAGCUGUGCAGAGCGGUGGCGAGGAAACCAAUCUCCUUCUUCCAGAGCUUGGCAAUGGCUUCUACGAGGUAGCCAGUGGACUGACAGCGCGGCAGAUGUCAGAAUCGGGGCCCUGUGGGAUGGGUGCAUCCCCCCUGGACCUGCCCUCACCGUCGCUCUGGAAGGAGUGCCCCAUCUGCCACGAGCGCUUUCCACCCGAGAGCGACAAGGAAGCCCUGGAUUCGCAUGUUGAUGGGCACUUCUUUUUUAACACUCAUGACCCUUUUCCUUUUGAGUGACUUCCAUUUCCUCCCCCAUCCCACUGUGUCCCCAUUGGCUUCCCCUCACCCUCUUCAGUGGGACCCAGGCUGUGUAUCUUCUCCCUUCCAUGGGGAGUCUUGUAAGAUGAAUACUGUGCCCCUGCGGAGUGGCAUCAGGUGCCAAGGGACAACAAAGGGGAAGUUGUCUUCUUCCUGGGGCCUUCUCCAAAGCAGUGUAGUCAGCCAGUUUGCAGUGGGAGGCACAAAGUAAGU